AUGAUCACUAUCACAAUCGGCCUCCAGGAGAUCCAUCAGAACAACGGGCCAGACUGGGAUGAGGAUGUGUGUUCCGACCUGGUCAACCAGAUUGGCAAAAAGUUUGAGCAGAUUGGACGAUUAGAUGAUUCACAGAAGACGGACGUCUUGAUGCGGGCCCAAAGUGGGGGAUUUAUCCGGUGGCACAUUCUGAGCGCUGACCAGAGGAUCCUAUCCUCGACACACCGGGAUGGCUGCAUGAAUGUAUUUCCUGCCUCGAUUACCUUAGAGGCAUGUUCGGGGGUGUUGCCCAUCGUUCUGGAACCGACACAGCUUCGCAAGCUCGUUCGGGAUCUCGGGUCCGAUCUGGAGCAGCUCCGGAAGCUGAAGAGGUUCCAGGUAGCUGAUGUCUGGUUUGGACUUGAAAACGCUGGCUUUGUGGAACGCUCUCAAGUGCAAGCCAUCCAUGACAGCACCUCACCAGAUAAUACGAAUGUCGCACAACCCUCUCCAUCUCUGUUCGCCGCUUACCUACCCGCGAGCGAUCCCAAAGCACUGUGCCCUUCGAACAAUAUCUCACGAACAAGUGAGGAUCAUGAUCUGUGGAUGAAUAUGUAUAAUUGGCUUUUAGGCGCCACUGAGACGCCUGAUGAAAGCCUGCUUUGUAUGUCCCCGGAGACACUUCCUCCUGGUACUAACCCAAUCCCCGGAGUGGCGUCGCCCGCCGAAACUAUUUCCACACCUGGACUCGAUGGAGAUGCCUCCAGCUACUCAACACCUUCUACUAUUUUUGACUCACCACAGAUUGGGGAGCGAACCCUACCGGUGUUAGAAGCCACUAUGCUCAACCAAUCAGUCAAGAGAAAGAGGCUAGAUAGCGACCUGUCGAGGCAAUUGAAAACAACGGCGGUCGUAACCAAGUCGAAUCAGACAAUCCUCUACUUGUUGCAAUCUUGUGCAUUUUACGAAGCGGAUGAGCCUAAGAAAAAACGAGAUCGGAGAGUCCGGAAAGUCCUUGAGGCGGAAGUCCAGCUUUCCGUGAAAAACCCUUGCAGAGUGCUUCGACCCCUGUUGAGUAAGUGGAACGACAAUAUGUCGCUCGAAUUGCACGCACUCGGACUUCCCACCGUCUGGAAAGGCAUAGAGGGGGCUGUGAACUACAUUCAAGUACUCGACACUCACGCGAGGAAACCGUUUCUUGACCCCGUCGCGGAGCGUAUCGGACAGGUGUUGCUCUACUUCAACUAUGAGAAACUCUGUAGUCACCCGCAAGAUCACUACCAUAUUCCCAUGUCAAAGCCGGUGGUGACAUUUGUUCUUAAUUCUAUACUCGAUGCCUAUUCUGACGACCCUCGCAAAUCCAUGCCAAUGCAGUCUCGUCGUGAUAGGAUAUCUGGUUAUCAUGUGCGACGAGGCAGAUGGUGGUGGAAGCUUGCGGGAAUCUGGGGAGUUGGCAUUCUGUUGAUAGGCGACAGUUCUCUGAUGGGUAUCAUGUGCAAUGAUACGUUCAGCAAUGAUCAAAUCAAUGCUCUCGUCACUUUCGCCUUGCAUACUCGGCCAGGCACUAUUCGCAUCUUCCACGCGUUAGAGCUCGCGGUCAAAUCCCUCAUGUUUGGAGAAGUUACAGACGACCUCCAAGCCAUUUUGAACGACGAUUUUGGCCUCCUGGGACAACAUGAGCUGGCUCGUGCCCAUGCCGAGGAUAAUACGGCAUUAGCGAGUCAGCGGAUAGAAAAUCCUUGGACAGAGAUUGAUACCGAGAAAUGUGCGACAGCGAAGAUGCAUGAAUUCCUCGCUAGCGUGCUAGAAACGUAGUACUAUUCCGGCGACUAUUUACGUAACACCCCUCUGAGAUUAUG